CUUGCGGCGAGCGUGAGAUUUACACACGUGCAACGCUUUAAUCGACCACGAUGCGGCCAGGAUCAGGAUUUUCUCCAAGAGGAGGCGGUGGUUAUGGAGGAAGGGGCGGAGUUUCCCGAGGAGGGUCAGGAUUCCGAGGUGGAUUCGGGGGCGGGGAUAGAGGAGGCGGUGGCUUCCGAGGGGGUAGGGGAGGAGGCAGAGGUAGUUUCCGAGGCGGAGAUAGAGGCGGAUUCCGUGGUGGACGCGGAGGUCGUGGUGGGUUCACUCCAAGAGGUAGAGGUGGACCACGAGGCAGAGGGCGAGGAGGUGGCAGAGGAGGUGGUAUGGCCGGAGGGAGGAAGGUUAUCGUUGAGCCCCAUCGUCUUGAGGGCGUCUUCAUCUCAAGAGGCAAGGAGGACGCUCUGGUCACCAAGAACUUGGUCCCUGGCGACACAGUGUAUGGAGAAAAGAAAAUUUCUGUUGAGGAAGGAGAGGUUAAGAUUGAGUACAGAGCCUGGAAUCCUUUCCGAUCUAAGUUAGCGGCAGCCAUCUUGGGCGGAGUUGAUCAGAUCCAUAUGAAACCUGGAGAGAAGGUUCUUUAUCUCGGUGCUGCAUCGGGAACGACAGUCUCACACGUCUCAGAUAUCGUCGGACCUGAGGGUCUUGUGUAUGCAGUAGAGUUCUCACACAGGUCAGGUCGUGACCUCAUAAACGUUGCUAAGAAACGAACAAAUAUUAUUCCCAUCAUUGAAGAUGCCAGACAUCCUCACAAAUACCGCAUGCUUGUUGGUAUGGUUGAUACGAUAUUUGCUGAUGUAGCCCAACCGGAUCAAGCUCGUAUUGUCGCUAUCAACGCUCACAGCUUCUUGAAGAAUGAGGGACACUUUGUCAUCUCAAUCAAGGCUAACUGCAUCGAUUCUACCGCCCAGCCCGAGGCAGUCUUCGCUGGGGAAGUCAAGAAACUUCAGUCCGAGAAACUCAAACCUCAGGAACAGUUGACGUUAGAGCCAUACGAACGAGAUCACGCUGUGGUUGUAGGAGUUUACAGACCACCACCAAAGAAGAAGUGAACACUGAGCCUCACCUUCCAAGUAUAAUUUUUUUCUUAAUCUUCACUGGUCCCCCUCCAAGCCAUCAACGCUUACUUCAAUGGACAACAUACUUCGGGGAGAAACCCUGGUGUCAUACCAGUUAGGGUCCCCCCCCUUUAAAAAAAGUCAGCGUUAGGACAUGUACAAAUAUAUUGAUUGAUUCAGUAGUGGCUCUGGGUAGCUUGCUUGAAAGGGCUAUUCUUCAAUACUGUUGCUGCUCUCACUGACCAUAGCUGUAGCCAAUUAGCGUAGGCAAAGUUGCUUGAUUUGGGUGCAACCUCAAAUUCAUCAUGAUGAAGGGGAAAGUAGGACGAGACCAAAUUGCCGGCUACAGCUAAGGCUACAUCGCCUUGUCAUGCGCUGAAGUAUAGAACUACCUUGGCAUCACCCUUAGUAACAGUCGUAGCUGUAGCUGUAGCCGCCAAUUCGAAUACAGUCUUAGUUUUACUAUUGUUAAUUGUUUCAUCAUUUAUAUUUGUUGACGAUUUUUUAAUCCGCCCGCAGUCAAUGAGUUGACCGAACAGUGUUGCUCUAAAAUUUGGAAAGAUCGUGUACAGGUCUGGAUUUGUUGUCCUCAAAGCGUUGUGGAAAAUGAUAAUUUUGCCAGAAGAACAUGUGGCUGGUUCUAUAGAAAAGUGUGAUUGAAAACAUGGCAACAAGAUUAAAACAAGCAGGCCAAGAAGACCAUGUACAAUACGAAAUGAAAGUACCAUAAGAAAGUCGAGAUCUUUAAAGUGGAACUAUCAAAAUGACCAAACUUGCAUUAUUAUAAUAGCAUAGAAGAAAAUUAGAGCAUUAAAAGACAAUGUUUUUGUUCACUGAAAAACUGUCUCAGGUUUUUGUUUUAUAUCAUUUCUUAGUAGUUAGAGAUCUUAUUUUCUUUUUUUUUUAAAUGCAAACUGAAUUCUGUCAUCUUAAACAAAUCAGAUUGGUCUGUUAUGAUCUUUUAGGACUUUGACACUGAAGUUGAUUGAUAGUUUCCUACUGAGGUUUUCUUUCCGAGUGCCAGAACUGUUGUGUUGCCAAUGUUGCAAACUAUCAGCAAAUUUCUGAAUUAAUUGUAAAAAAACUGCCAAAGUUGGAAUUGCUGUUCUUUUACUUGUGGAGAUUCUUUUUAAAAAUUUGAGCACUGAACCGACUGACAUGUAGCCUUUAGUCAAGGCGCUUUCAUGUUUGCGGUGUACGUGAUAUACCACCCAAGUUGCCACAAGCGCCUUGACUAAAGGCUAACUGUUCUCCAUGGAUCUAGUAUAACCGUGGUUCUGUAAAUAAACUGUAAAGGUCGCAAAUAGUUCUUUUCAUUUGGCAGGGCGGGGUUUGGGGAACACAUUGUACUUUAAUUAUUGUUUACUCAAUUUGUUUGUCUUUUUUCUUUCUUUAUGUAAUUACUUUUCAUUAUAUACGGAAACAAGCAUAAUGUGCACAUGUAGGCAUUGUGCAAAGUUGUCAUGGAAAUUUGAGAGUCAAAUUUUAAGAUUGAAAUGUUGGUUGCAAGUCAGACUAUCAAAAAAAUGAACCUCGAGUUAGUUUGCACUCUCUUUGAUGCCCACUUUUUACAAUGCUGGUUAAAUACUUAGUUUUGUUUUCUAUAAUUUAUGUAUUGUACACUCACUCAGAAUUACUAAUAUUGGUUAGAAUUGAUUUUAAUUCUUGACCUUUUGACCUUACAUUGAAUUUGUACAAUUUCCUUUUGAGAGACCAGUGCACGCUGUGUCUUCAUGGACCUAAAGGUGUUUUCUUAUUCAAUUGUUGAUUACAACUUGGACUCGAUGAUGACACCAAGAAUGUAAAAAAUUAACAACUUGAUUUUAAGUCUACUUCAGAAUUCAAAGCAAGGAAUAGGAGUAGGAUCGCGAGGACCCAAUUUCGUUGCUCUGCUUAUUAUUCCUGCAUGCUCUAAGCAGACAUUGACCGUAUUUCACAGGUUAAAGAAUUUUGCUUCUGCACGAGUGUACUCUUGGCAUUCUCUGCUUGCACAGUAGGCGCAGAAAUUCGGCACUUGCAGUGCAAGCGAAGAAUGGUGAUUGUCAGCGCAGAAUUCUGCAGUAAGCAGGUCCAUGAAAUUGGUCUCAGCUUGUCUUGAAUGCAAGAUGCAGAUAACUUCACACAAACCAGUACUCAUGUAUUUUAUAUGGUGGAGGGUUUCUGUAUAUUUAUCGAGUCAUGAAUUUAGAACCAUUCUACGAUGAACCAUCGACUCUGAUUUUUAAUUCAUUCCUUGAGUUUAUCUUUAAUUAUGAAAUUAAUUGGUUCUCUUUUACCUUUGUUAAAGAGAAGUUCAUUUUUGUUUUUAAUAUUAAAAACCAAAUCACCAGGCAACGUAAUUCUGUUAGUAAGAUCACAUUUUUCAGCGUGAUAUUAAAAGGCAAAGAUUGCCUGUGAUUAAUUUUAAAGA